AUGGGUGGCAAAUAUCCACAAUCCAUUAUAACUGAUCAAUGUGCAGCCAUAGCUGCUGCUAUUUCUCAAGUGUUUCCAACAUCACACAAUCGUCUUUGCAUAUGGCAUAUCGGUGAAAACUCGAAGAAGCACAUAAAGACACUAAGGAACAAUAAUGAUUUCAUGGAUCUAUUUAAUUGUUUGUUGAAGUACACAGACACAGAAGCUGAGUUUGAAUUGUGUUGGUCAAGGGAGAAAAGGUGUCCAACAUUUAACAGGGAUUACUUUUCUAGGGGCAUUUUAUCCUCACAAAUGAGUGAGUCCACAAACCAUUCAAUUUCUAGGAGGCUAACAAAGACAGCCGAGCUUUGUGAUUUCUACUCGUCGUUUGUGAGCGUUGUUUAUGAAUGGAGAAAUAUGGAAAACGGGGAGGAUUUUCGGUGUGCUCAAGGCAUGCCUAGUAUGAUGGUGGAUGAUGUGAAACUUCUUUCACAUGCUAGAGAGGUAUAUACCAUUGAAAUAUAUUAUCUGUUUGAGGAACAAUUCUUAAAAGGUACUGCUUGCCAUCAAGAAAGUGUUUUGGAUGAUGGCUGCCAUUUCAAGUAUCAUGUUUGGCGCCCCGAUAAAGAUGUUAUAAGGCAUGAAGUUAGUUUUAAGCCUAUCAAUUUAGAUAUUUGUUGCAAUUGUAAGUUGUUUUCUGAAUUAGGAAUUCUCUGCUGCCAUUGUUUACGCAUUCUGAAUGUACAUUACGUUUGUUCUAUUCAUGAUAAAUACAUUUUGAAAAGGUGGACAAAAAAAGUUCUUGAAGGUAGGACUGUUGAUAUUUCUUCUUUGUCUUCUAAUGUUGGUGUUGCUCCUUCAAUUUGGGUUGUUGAGAUGACCAGAAAAUUUCAAAGACUAAUUGUUUCUAGUCAAGACAACAGUGCAACUAGACAGUGUUGUGAAGUAGCUUUUGAAAGUGCAAAGAAAAGAGUUGAAACCGAGGUUGGUUAUAUCCAUAUUGAAGAGUUUGAUGUUCAAUCUUCAAGUGGUAUUGUACAGAAUCCCUCAAGCCGAAGAUUGAAAGGUGAGCGUAAUAAGAGGCGGAGUAGUAUUAUUCAAAAGAAGUCUGCUGUAGCUAGGGGGCGAAAGAGUUCUGCAAACAAGGUUGCUUCAACUACAAAAAGUGUUGUUCAAUCUAUGGUGUUGGAAAGUUUAUCUGAGAUUGUUGGGGAUGGAUAUCUUGUACAUCCAAGUUCUGGGAGUUCAAAAUUAGUUCAUGUUAAUAGGAAUUCAAAAGACAAUGUAUUUAUAGAUUUGUGA